GGCGCUGCAGAGUGGCUGCAAGAGGGGAGGCGGCUGAGCUCCCACUGACUCUGCCCAGCCAAGCCGACCACAGCCGAACCGAGCACAGCCGAUCCGGGAGCGGGGGCGAGCGGAGCCCCGUAAUAUCCGCUGCCGGGACACGGCGGCCGUGCUCCGGCCCGCUAGCCGGACUCGGAGAAAGGAAGGACGCCCGCCUGCCGCCCCGUCGCUCUGCUGCCGGGCACCGCUAGCCGCGGAGGACUGCGAGGACGAUCCCCGACACGGAGGCUGCUCGCCGCCCCGCCAUGGCGACCGCAAGGCAAGUGCUCUCUCUCUGUGCUUUCCUCUCCCUGACGCACGCUCGCGCCGAGCCCAUCCGCUACUCCGUAGCCGAGGAGGGCGAAAGCGGCUCCGUGGUAGCCAACGUGGCGGAGGACGCGGGGCUGUCCCCGGCGCAGCUCUCGGCUCGCGGCGCCCGCCUGCUCUCGGAGGACGGCCGGCAGCACUUUCGCUUAGACCGCGCCAGCGGCCGCCUCGUCGUGGGCGAGCGGCUGGACCGCGAGGAGCUGUGCGGGCAGUCCGCUACCUGCACGCUGCCCUUCGAGCUCCUGCUGUCAAACCCCGUGCAGUUCUUUCGGGUCGAGGUGGCCGUGGAGGACAUCAAUGACCACGCGCCCGCUUUCCCGGAGGAAUGGGUCAAUCUUAAGAUACUGGAAACGAGCAACCCGGGGUCGCGUUUCCCUCUGGAGGGAGCUCGGGACCUGGAUGUUGGCAGCAACAGUAUCCAGUCUUACAGCAUCUCUCCCGACAACGAGUACUUUAGUGUUGCCUUUGGGAGUCAGAUUGGCAAUGCCAAAUAUAUUGAAUUGGUUUUGGAAAAGCCACUCGACAGAGAGGAGCAAGCAGAGGUGGGUUUCACUCUCAUUGCUGUGGAUGGGGGCUCUCCACCCAGGAGUGGGACCACCCAAAUCCACAUUGUUGUUCUAGAUGUAAAUGACAACGCUCCUGUCUUCACACAGAAGGAGUUCAUUGGACAGGUUUUGGAAAAUGCCCCGAAGGGCUCUGUGGUUCUCAGAGUAGUGGCAACCGAUCGGGAUGCAGGAGUUAAUGGGGAAAUCUCCUAUCAGUUCAGCCAAGCAGGAGGCCAGAGCCACUCAGCAUUCACAAUUGACCCCACAAGCGGUGAAAUUAAACUCACAAAGCCUCUGGACUUUGAGGCAGCAGAGAAUCAUGAGCUCAGCGUGCAGGCCACAGAUGGUGGUGGCCUUUCAGCAAUCUGCAAAGUGUUGGUGGAAGUCGUGGAUGUGAAUGACAAUGCACCGGAGCUGGUGGUCAGUUCCUUUAGCAGCCCCCUCCCCGAGAACGCAUUGCCCGGAACAGCGGUCGCCCUCUUUACUGUCAGAGACCGGGAUUCUGGUGCUAAUGGGAAGAUCUCCUGUGCCCUUGAGGACCAGCUAUCAUUCUCCCUACACCCAGCCUAUAAGAAUUACUUUGAGUUGGUGACCGUGAGUGCGCUGGACCGGGAGGAGACAGCACGGUACAUCCUCACAGUCACAGCAGCAGACGCGGGGUCACCUCCUCUCACAACGACCCAGACCUUCACAGUGGACAUCUCCGAUGUCAAUGACAAUGCACCUGUGUUCAACCAGCCAUCGUACGCCAUGUAUGUGCAUGAGAACAAUGUCCCCACGGUGCUCGUUGGAACCAUAAGUGCUACAGAUGCUGACGUGGGGCCUAAUGCCAAGGUGACCUAUUCCCUGUUGCCAGCCCACCCUGCAGGGCAGCCUUCCUGCUCCUGCAUCUCUGUGAACUCUGAGACUGGGGAUGUGUUUGUGCUGCGGCCCCUGGACUAUGAGCAGGUGAGGCAGAUUGAAGUCCUGGUGAAAGCCUCUGACGCAGGGUCACCUCCUCUCAGUGCCAACAUCACUGUCCGCAUUUCUGUGGUGGAUGAGAACGACAAUGCCCCUCUGGUGCUGUACCCCUCACAGGAGAACAGCCCUCCAUCUAGUGAGUUGGUGCCCAUUUCAGCUGAGGCAGGCUACCUUAUCACCAAAGUGGUGGCCGUCGAUGCUGACUCAGGGCAGAACUCCUGGCUCUCGUACCACCUGCUGAGGGCCACUGAUCCUGGACUGUUUGUGGUGGGUGCCCAAAGUGGGGAGGUGCGACUGAGAAGGCCGGUGACAGAGAGAGAUGCCGUGAAGCAGAAGCUCGUUGUGCUGGUACGAGACAAUGGUCGACCACCACUGUCAGCUACUGCGGCAAUGAGUGCACUCGUGCUCAGUGACUUCUCAGAUGUGCGGCUAACACACAGCAGCCUGGCCAUGGAGGAUGACGGCAGCUCCCUGACAAUAUAUUUAAUCAUUUCCUUGGUCUUUGUCUCCCUCCUCUUCCUCUUGUCCACAGCAGCCUUCAUCACUCGGAAGGUGUGCAAGAGAAAGGAGCUGAAGGAUGGGCACGUGCUUUAUGGCGCCAGCAACUUGCAGAGCAACCUGGCUGAUGCGGCUGCUGCAGGAACCCUGCCCCACGCCUAUUGCUAUGAGAUCAGCCUCACAACGGGCUCGGGCAACAGCGAGUUCAAGUUCCUGAAGCCCAUCCUCCCCAGCCUUCCACCACAGCUCCAUGCCACAGGUGACGGCACCAACAAUGAACAAGAUUUCCCGUGUGGCAUUGUCACUGCAGAGGACAUGGCACCAGACAACCGUGGGAUGCUCUCUGCAGAGCAGUUCAAUCGUCUUUCCUUUAACUAGCAUGGUGUUGGCACAGACAGGGCUUUUGCUUCUCAUGACAGGAAGGAAUCCAUGCUAUGACAUGUGGCAAUGGGACCUCCAGAGUAAAUCUGCAUUUGCAAUUGGCAUCAAUGACUUCCCAUGAAGACAAAGUGAGAGAAAAUACUGAAUUCACCUACAAAAAACCCCCAACCAACCAACCAAAAAACCCUACAAAACCCAACAAAAGAAACUAAAUCUGUCUCAUUCAGGAAAUUGCAUGUUUCAGCUCUGUUGCAGCCAUUUCUUAAUCACUUUCAGAUUAGGAUUAGUACCAGGACUCCAGCUAAAUUCUUGUCUCUGUUGCUGGCAGGCACGACCAUGGCCAAUUCCUCUGUGCUGUAAUGCAGUGGCACGAUCGGGCAGGCAAAUUACAACCUCACUCAAAUGCAUAGGUCAGAAAAGCAAGGGCAUUGUGAGUACUGUGUGACAAUGUAGUAUGAGCAUAGGGCUUUUUCUUCUUUGCAUGUCUCUCUCUGAGAUCGGUGGGCUCUGUAUUUUUUUCCUUCUGGUCACUGCGUCUGUCCAUACAGCUGUUGUGUGUCUGCCUAUGCUGCAUGAUGGCUAUACAUUAAAGCAGGCAGCUGCUCUCAUCCACCCAUUGCGGUUCCAGCACUGCAGGAAGAAAGAUAUUUUGGCUUUUUGAGUACAAGAAUCUCAUAUUCUCUAGGGGAGAGCAGCAGAACAAGCGAAGUCUUCCCUCGGCCCAUAAGGGGGUAGUUGGGUGGGUGUUAUCCUUGGUAUUGCCUGGGAAAUACAGCAACACAAAUAGUGUUAGGGUAAAAUGUGAUGGACCAGACCAGACUAGACUAGACUAGAAUAGAAAUAUUUCAUUUUGAAGGGACCUAUAAUGAUCAUGUGGUCCAACUGCCUGACUAUUUCCAGGCUGACCCAAUUUAAAGUAUGUUUUUAAUAGCAUUGUACAAAUGCCUGUUAAACACAGGCUUGGGCCAUUGACCCCAGCUCUAGGAAGCCUGUUCCAGUGUUUGACCACUCUUUCAGGAAAGAAAUGCUUCCUAAUGUCAAGUCUCAUCCUCCACUGGUGUGGCUUUGAACUGUUCCCACGCAUCCUACCAAUGGAUAUGAGGGAGAAGAGCUCAGCAUCUUCCUCUCCAGUUCCCCUCCUUAGGAAGCUGACCCUCACAUGCUUCUUCAGUUGUGGCACCCAGCACAGCACACAGUAGUCAAGGUGAGGCCUAACCAAUGCUGAAUGCACGGGGAUACUCACUAUAAUUAAAGAUUGCUAGGAGUGGCUGGUUGUGCUGUGUUUGAUGUCCACGGGAUGUGGUUUGUCCCCGUGGCUGCCAGGACACACUGUUGGCUCCUACCGAGCCUGCUGCACACCAGCAACCCCAGCAGCUCCCUUUCUGCAGUGCUGCCCUCCAGCCUCUCCUUGCCCAAUUUAAAAUAAAAUCCAGAAGAACUACAUCCACCACCUUCCCUUCAUCAACGAGGCAGGUGAUCUUAGUACCCAGUAUCACCUUCUCCAUAUGUUUUCUAAGAGCUGAGGUGAGAGCAACAGGUCUGUAGUUACCUGUGUCUUUCCUCAUGCCCUUCUUGCAGACUGGAAGUACACUGGCUAGGUUCCAAUCACCAGGGAAUUCUCCUGACUUGGGAGAAGAGCUUGGGUAGGUGACUGGGAAGGGUCCUGCUGUAGCAUCUGUCAGCACCUUCAGUGCUCUGGGCUGAAUCAUAUCAGGCCCCAUUGGCUUUUGUCCAUACAGCUGAUACAGCUAGGUCCUGAUGAUUUCAGUGUCCACAAAUGGAGAGUCACUGUCUCUGCACUCGUACUCCUCUGCCUCAGGGGACUGUGCAGCCCUAAGGUUAUUGGUAUAAUUAAAGAUUGAGGUAAGAAAAGCAUUGAACAACUCCAACUCUUUUUUGUCCCUGUUAGUCAGGGUGUGAUCUUCUUCUAUGAGUACCAGUCUAAUGUUUUCUUUCAAACUCCUCUUGUUAUGAACAUACUUAAAAAGCCAUUCUUGUUGUAUGACACAACACUGGCCAGUUUCAAGUCUGAUCGAGUUUUGGCCUUUCGUGUCUUCUCCCUGAAUAUAUGAACCAUAGCUCUGUAAGCUUCCUGCAAAGCCUGACCUUGUUUCCACAGAUCAUACAAUUUCUUUCUCUUCUGGAGCUCCAUAGGGAAUUCCCUGUUUGGCCAAGCUGAUUUUCUGAUCUGUGUGCUCGACUUUUGGCACAGUGGAAUUGUUUUCUAAUAGACUGUAACCCUACAGAGUUGUGAGAAUAUGUUCCUUAAGAAAGAUUGUAAGGAAACUCCACAAGUUGCUUCAAGGGACUUUUUCUGAAGGUAGCGUCAAGAUGAAAUCUGAAAGUGGACUUUGAGUUUGGUAUCAUCAUUGUUGUUCCUGAAUUCAGAGGUUUCUUGAUGGGAGUGGAAAGCUGUUAUGCUAUGAUUUUCUGUGUUUAUCUUUUAGAGCAUUUGCAUUGUCCUUUUUGUCUUUUCUCCUUCUACUCUGUGACUACUUUUGAACAUUGUCUUGCAUCUUCCUCUUGAGAAGGAAUGUCACUCCCACAUAUAAUUAAUAAAGGAUUGUUUGAAAGAAGGCAGCAUGACACGAGAUAUUGGGAAACCCUCACAUUGUGUUGUGCUGCAGUUAUAAACUGUCUGUUGUAACGACGGGAGAUCUUUGUGUGUAAAAGCAGAAUAAAGAGAACACUCUAAUGCUUUGUGUGGAGCCAGUUGUCUUUGUAGAGCUGUCCUUCCUGUGAAAGAUCUGUCACAGUUUCUAAAGGGCCAGGAGUGUUUUUCCCAUGUUGUCCCUUGGCUGAGGUUGACUGGGUACAGUUCUUGAAUUGGAGACAUUGCCAGCAGAGCCUUCAAGAAAGUUGUGAGGAGCAGGAAAUUGCUGGCAGGCCUCUAUGGAUCUCCUUGGUACUGACUGUCUUGCUGUGACGAGGCAAGUUAUAUCCAGAUCGGGGCUACCAGGCCUCUUCCUUCCCAGAGACCCUGGGUCUGCCUUGGUGUCUGCAAAGCAGGGAGGUGGGGAGAGUGUCCUUCCCAACUCUCCUGACGACUCCAGCUACAGAUGGCAACUGUGAGGCUUUCCAGAGCAAAGUGUGAUGCUGAAAGUGUAGGAAUUUCAGAAGAUGGAUGUCACAAAGAUGGCAUCCCCAUUCCUUUGGAAGUGUUUGGGGGAGCUCCAUGAAACGGGUAUUUGGUGAGCAAAAACAGUGACCAGGGAGAGGCUUCUCUACAGAAAUGUCUCAGUCUUCAGUGCUCCAGCAUCAAUGCCCAAGCCGCAGAGGGCAAGUAAUGGACUGGGAGAAUGAUGACCACCCGCUGUAGAGAAGAUCAGGUUUGAGACCAACUAAAGGAAUAUGAAGAUGCAGAAAUACACGGGACUUGAAGAGAUGCAAUAGUCAAUAUAUUAUCCAUCAUGCUUCAGAAGUCAUAGCAGUCCAGAGAAGAUCCCAGUGACAGAAAAAUGGGAAACAUAACUUCCUUUUUUACAAAUGGAAAAAGAGCCAGGGAACAAUAGGCCAAUCAGUCUCACCUCAUUUCCCAGCAAGAUCAUGGAACAGAUCCCCCGGAUGUGUGCAAAGGCUCGUGGAAUGUAAGGAUGUGGUUGGUGCCUGCCAACAAGGCCUCACUGAUGUCCCUGAACAAUUUGAUGGCCUUCUACAGUGGGGCUAUGGCAUUGGUGCGUAAGGGAGGACCGAAUGCUGUCAUCUACCUGGACUUGCACAAAGACUUGACACUGUCCUGAAUUACAUCCUUUUUCCUAAAGUGGAGAAGUAUUUAUAUGAUGCAUGGAUUACUUGGUCAAUAUUGAAUUGGAAGGAUGAUUGCGCUCAAAGAUUUGUGGUUAAUGGCUCGAUGCCCAAGUGAGAAGUGGUCUUGGUUGAUGCAAAGCUAAAUGUGACCCACCAAUGUGAGCUUCCAGCUUUUAGGCUGACAACAUAAGAAAGAUGUGGAUCUGUUGGAGUGAGUCCAGAGAGGACCACGAAGAUGAUGAGAUGGUUGGAGCACUGCUUCUAUGAGGAAACCCUGAGAUAGUUGGGGUUGUUCAGCCUGGAGAAGAGAAGGCUCAAGAGGCUUUAGAGCAGCCUUCCUAAAGGGGAAGUACAAGCUCGUGUAUUGAUAGGACAAGUGGAAAUAGCUUUAAAAUGAAAGAGGGUAGGUAUAUAUUAGAUAUUAUGGAGAAGUUCUUCCUUGUGAGGCUGGUAAGGCAUUUGAACAGGUU